AUGGUACUAAUAUUGGGACGCAGACUGAAUAGAGAGGAUAGUGGGAUACGAGAUUCCCCUGCAACCAAGCGGAAAGUUUUUGAAAUGGACCCAAAAUCAUUGUCAGGCCCUGAGUUUUUUGACUUCUCAUCGGGAUCAUCCCAUGCCGAAAGCAUUCUCCAGAUCUUCAAUGAAUUCCGAGACAGCCGGUUGUUCACGGAUGUUAUUAUCUGUGUGGAAGGAAGGGAGUUCCCCUGCCAUCGAGCAGUUCUCUCGGCCUGCAGCAGCUACUUCAGAGCUAUGUUUUGCAACGAUCAUAGAGAAAGCAGAGAGAUGUUAGUGGAGAUCAAUGGCAUUUUUGCUGAAGCUAUGGAUUGCUUUUUGCAGUAUGUAUACACUGGCAAGGUGAAAAUCACUACAGAGAACGUGCAGUAUCUCUUUGAAACAUCAAGUCUCUUUCAGAUCAGUGUUUUGCGUGACGCCUGUGCCAAGUUCCUGGAAGAACAGCUGGAUCCUUGCAAUUGCCUGGGAAUCCAGCGCUUUGCAGAUACGCACUCGCUCAAGACACUGUUCACCAAGUGCAGGAAUUUUGCGCUGCAGACGUUUGAGGAUGUGUCCCAGCACGAAGAGUUCCUCGAACUGGGGAAGGAUGAGCUUAUUGAUUACAUUUGCAGUGAUGAACUGGUGAUCAGUAAGGAAGAGAUGGUGUUUGAAGCUGUCAUGCGCUGGGUGUACCGGGCAGUUGAGUUGCGAAGACCAGUGUUACAUGAACUUCUGACGCACGUCAGACUCCCGUUGUUACAUCCAAACUACUUUGUUCAGACUGUGGAAGUGGACCAGCUGAUUCAGAAUUCCCCAGAGUGCUAUCAGCUGCUGCAUGAAGCCCGGCGAUACCAUAUCCUUGGAAAUGAGAUGAUGUCUCCCAGAACUAGGCCACGCAGAUCAACUGGUUAUUCUGAGGUGAUAGUUGUUGUUGGAGGCUGUGAACGAGUUGGAGGGUUUAAUUUGCCAUACACUGAGUGCUACGAUCCUGUAACAGGAGAGUGGAAGUCACUGGCUAAACUUCCAGAGUUUACCAAGUCUGAGUAUGCGGUGUGCGCUCUGCGGAAUGAUAUUCUUGUUUCAGGUGGAAGAAUCAAUAGCCGGGAUGUUUGGAUUUAUAACUCUCAACUUAACAUUUGGAUCAGAGUUGCCUCCUUAAAUAAAGGCAGAUGGCGUCAUAAAAUGGCUGUUCUUCUUGGUAAAGUAUAUGUUGUUGGAGGAUACGAUGGGCAAAACCGUCUCAGCAGUGUGGAGUGUUACGAUUCGUUUUCCAAUCGAUGGACAGAAGUGGCUCCCCUUAAAGAAGCUGUGAGCUCUCCAGCAGUCACCAGCUGCGUGGGCAAACUGUUUGUGAUCGGGGGUGGUCCUGAUGACAACACGUGUUCUGACAAGGUUCAGUCUUACGAUCCCGAUACUAAUUCUUGGUUGCUCCGUGCAACUAUCCCUAUCGCAAAAAGAUGUAUUACGGCUGUGUCUUUAAACAAUCUGAUCUAUGUUGCUGGUGGACUUACCAAAGCAAUAUACUGCUAUGAUCCAAUUGAGGACUACUGGAUGCAUGUACAGAAUACAUUCAGCAGACAGGAGAAUUGUGGCAUGUCUGUGUGUAAUGGAAAAAUCUAUAUCCUUGGUGGAAGACGAGAAAAUGGUGAAGCCACAGACACUAUUCUUUGUUAUGACCCUGCAACGGGCAUUAUCACAGGAGUAGCAGCCAUGCCCAGGCCAGUAUCGUAUCACGGCUGUGUGACGAUUCAUAGAUAUAAUGAAAAAGGCUUUAAACUGUAAUUUUCUUCUUCAAAAAAGAAGAUGGCAUGAAUGCAUCCAGCGGUCUGCUGCAAGACAGGCUUUUUAAAGAUUCCUGAAAUGGGAAAAUGCCCUUUCCCUACCUAAGUGUCAUAUAAAAUUAUAUCCUGUGCCUUUACAAAAAGGGGUUAAUUUAACUUUAAAAACAAGUCUACAAAUCUAUCCAGUAA